UCACUAAGAUAAGACAUUUCAUGCUAUUCAGUACAAGCAUGUUUGCUAUUGAAUAAAGUAGAGAGGUUUGUCUGGAAGCUGCUGGAUCAACAGAGGCUGAACACAGAAGAGACAUGGAAGUUGUGAUUGGACUGUUACUGAUGCUGCUCAGAGUCUCUCAUGGUGUGGAAACCUACUGUGAUGGCAGACAGGAUGGAGCUCAGUGUUAUGGAGCUUUGGGAGGAACUGUGGUCCUCCAGCUGAUGGACAGCGCCUCAGAAAUAUCUAGAUACCAACUGUUCAAAAACAAAACAUCAAUACUCUCUGGGAUAAAGAAUAAGAUUGUGUCUAAUUUGAUAGCAGACAGAUCCUCAUUUACUCCCAGUAAUGGAACAUUUAGGAUCAACAACCUGAGCAGGACUGAUGGUGGUGAAUAUACUCUUACAAUCUUUGAUUCAGAUGGAAACAGUUUAAAGCAGCGGACUCUACAGUUGAUCAUUCAAGGUGUGGAAACCUACUGUGAUGGCAGACGGGAUGGAGCUCAGUGUUAUGGAGCUUUGGGAGGAACUGUGGUCCUCCAGCUGAUGGACAGCGCCUCAGAAAUAUCUAGAUACCAACUGUUCAAAAACACAACAGCAAUACUCUCUGGGAUAAAGAAUAAGAUUGUGCAUAAUUUAAUAGCAGACAGAUCCUCAUUUACUCCCAGUGAUGGAACAUUUAGGAUCAACGACCUGAGCAGGACUGAUGGUGGUGAAUAUACUCUUACAAUCUUUGAUUCAGAUGGACACAGAUCAGAGCAGCGGACUCUAGAGUUGAUCAUUCAAGGUGUGGAAACCUACUGUGAUGGCAGACAGGAUGGAGCUCAGUGUUAUGGAGCUUUGGGAGGAACUGUGGUCCUCCAGCUGAUGGACAGCGCCUCAGAAAUAUCUAGAUACCAACUGUUCAAAAACAAAACAUCAAUACUCUCUGGGAUAAAGAAUAAGAUUGUGUCUAAUUUGAUAGCAGACAGAUCCUCAUUUACUCCCAGUAAUGGAACAUUUAGGAUCCACGACCUGAGCUGGACUGAUGGUGGUGAAUAUACUCUUACAAUCUUUGAUUCAAAUGGACACAGAUCAGAGCAGCGGACUCUACAGUUGAUCAUUCAAGGUGUGGAAACCUACUGUGAUGGCAGACAGGAUGGAGCUCAGUGUUAUGGAGCUUUGGGAGAAACUGUGGUCCUCCAGCUGAUGGACAGCGCCUCAGAAAUAUCUAGAUACCAACUGUUCAAAAACAAAACAGCAAUAAUUUCUGGGAGAAAGAACAAGAUUGUGAUUAAUUUAGUAGCAGACAGAUCCUCAUUUACUCCCAGUAAUGGAACAUUUAGGAUCAACAACCUGAGCAGGACUGAUGGUGGUGAAUAUACUCUUACAAUCUUUGAUUCAGAUGGACUCAUGUCAGAGCAGCGGACUCUACAGUUGACCUUUCAAGCUCCUGUGUCCUCUGUCCUGCUGGUCUCUGAGUGUCUGUCCCAGGGAGAGAUGAGGGUGUCCUGCUCCUCUGAGGGAGGAGACAGUCCUCAGUACAGCUGGACUCUGGAUGGACACACACUGACAGACACUCAGCUCCUCUCUGGAAAUAAUGAGACCAACAACAUCACUCUGAAACAAGACGUCUCAGGACAACUGACCUGCUCAGUCAAGAAUCACGUCAGUACUGUCUCAGAAACAAAGACAAUAUCUACCUGUGGCUUCAUAUUUAUUGACUGCACUUGCAACAAUGGGAUGCACAUAUCACAGUGGGUGUUUGAAGCCAAUAACACUCUUAAGCCAACAACAACUUCUAUCACGGCAACUGAGGAAGAAGAAGACAAAUGAGAAAGCUGAAGGCUCUCCUGUUCGUCAAAGGAUGAAGCAUAAAGCGGACUCUGUUAUGAUGGCUGAAAUUAGAAAUUGUUCAUCUGAACUUUCUGGAGCAAACGCCUUACUGUCGCCUCUCACCUGAUGUGAUUGGCCACGUGUUUUUCUGCAUUUGUAUCACUGUGGAAGCUCUGAUAAAAUAAAGGUUAUGUAUUUUAAGCCUAGUUUUAUGAACACAAAUGCAACUUCAAUAAUUGUUCUCUUGGUCAAAGAGAGUAUCUUAGAAGUAAUUCAAGUAGAAAGGUUUGUUGUAAAGGUUUCAGGCCCGCAGAUUUACAGCACAGUUAAUCUUAAAGCAAGAUGUCAUAUUGUGAAUAAAGCUUAUAUUGUAAUUUGAGUUAUGAGCCAUAAUCACAUGCAUGAAUGUUUAACUAUGUAAAAAACACGUUUGUGUUUCUCUUGUGGCUAUAAUUACAAAUAUUGAUCUGUAUUAUUUCUAUGUUUUAAAAAAGUAAUAAUCAUUAAAUAUUAAGGUCUUUCAUUUUGUUGCUUUCUUCUGUUAUACUGUUACUGUUUUCCCUAUCCUCGCUCCUCUUUACUCUGUCCUAUGACCCGGAAAUUGAUGUCAGGGAUGUUUUAAAACCUGAAACAAACUUUAAUGAGGACUAAGAGCCUCGUCAAUUCUGUCACAGAUGUGUUGGUCCAGUGCACGUCUAUACGACUUUCUGCUUUACAAGAUGUUCAUAGUCAUUAAAGCUGUG